ACGCUCUGAACGCACAGAAAUACAAGACAGAAGGAACCAAGAAACACUGCUUCUAGAGCUCGAUAGAGUCUGUCAAGAAGAACAAGGUUGAUCUGGAGAAUAGCAAAACCUCUCAGAAUCCAACCACCCAAGUCUUGGCAUCCAGACAGAUGGCUGCACGCCCAAUGGAGACAGUGGGUUUCGCUGUUCUACCAGCACACAUCUUGGCAUCGGCCAUGGAGGAGUUUCCUCAGCAGCUCCCCGUCCCCAAGUGCCUCGCUCGGGGUCGAAACCGUCCAAGGCGGCCUAGAGAUGCCCGCUUCAAAACCCAGCCGGUCACUUUUGCAGAGAUAGCAGAAGUGGAGGAGGAAGGAGCUUCGCCUCUGGAGGAAGAAAGAGCGAGACGGUCCUUCCUUCAGUCGCUGGAGAGUCUGAGGAGAAGCACACAGACCUUACAGCAUGCAGGAUCCACACAGAGCUGCCGCACUACUUCUGCACAAGCCAGUCUGGACUCCAGUGACUCAGAUUCAACACCCUGAGAGCCAAAAGGAGGAGGACGGGACUGUAAUUCAAUGUAUUUCGCACAUAUCUUCCUGUUAAAUUCCUCAUUCACAUUCAUUAACCUGUUGUAGUUGCCUAUUCUACAUGGGCAGAGUAACACUUGUGCUCUUCUUUUGCAAGAGGAGAGUUGUAGCAUGCUGGAGGAUUUCAGAAACUGCUUACUUUAAUGCUUGCGCAAAUUCCUUUCGUUUUUCAGUAUCGUAUGAGACUCGAGGUCUCAUUUAUAACAAACUUGACAAGAAAAUGAGGACGUACUGGGUCUGAUUCCAUUUUAAUAUCUCUUGUGCCUGCUUAUGAUUGCACAGACGAAUAGGUUUUCCACUGCUGGGCAGAAUGUAUAAUAUGUAUAAUGUCAUAUUUUAUUGUAAUUCAGUGCUGAGCUCAUGAGCUCUGAUGCAUAGCAGUGUAUUUUUACAGACAAGGUUUUAAACCCUGAUGUCCAAAUCUGCCAGACUGCUGAAUUUACUAAUGAACUCAGUGAUGAGGAGCAAAUUAUUGUGCUUUUACAAAUGUAUCUUAUAUUUAUUUUGAUAUAACAUAGUGAUUUUAGAGGAUUGCUCUGUUGACACUGUGGACUUGUAAAGUCACUAUCACUGUAUGUCCGAAAAUAAGGCUUUAUACUUCGAUUUGACUUUAAUAUCUUUGUUAAUGUUUCAUACUUUCUUUUGUAGUUAUUAAAAUAAAGUUUAUAACGUAGGA